AGUCGCUGCUUUCCUCUUCUUUGUUCCGGUGGUUGGGGCUGAUUAAACCGACCCUGCAGACAUGUCGGGGUUCAGCCCGGAACUCAUCGACUACCUGGAAGGGAAAAUCUCCUUUGAAGAGUUCGAAAGGCGGAGAGAAGAGAGAAAAACCCGUGAGAAGAAAAGUCUUCAGGAAAAAGGAAAAUUAUCAGCUGAAGAAAACCCAGAUGAUUCUGAAGUUCCAUCAUCAUCAGGAAUUGAAUCUACCAAAUCCCAGGACAAAGAUGCCAAUGAAGGAGAAACAUCAGAUGGAGUGAGUAAGUCAGUUCACAAGGUGUUUGCUUCCAUGCUUGGAGAGACUGAAGAUGAUGAGGAGGAAGAGGAAGAAGAGGAGGAAGAGGAGGAAACACCUGAGCAACCAACUGCAGGCGAUGUAUUUGUAUUGGAGAUGGUUCUCAAUCGUGAAACCAAGAAAAUGAUGAAAGAGAAGAGGCCUCGGAGUAAACUUCCCAGAGCUCUGAGAGGUCUCAUGGGUGAAGCCAAUAUUCGCUUUGCUCGAGGAGAACAUGAAGAGGCAAUAUUGAUGUGCAUGGAAAUCAUAAGACAAGCUCCUCUGGCUUAUGAGCCAUUCUCUACUCUUGCCAUGAUAUAUGAGGAUCAAGGUGACAUGGAGAAGUCAUUGCAAUUUGAGUUGAUUGCUGCACAUUUAAAUCCUAGUGACACUGAAGAAUGGGUUAGAUUGGCAGAAAUGUCUCUGGAACAAGACAAUAUUAAGCAGGCAAUUUUUUGCUAUACAAAAGCUCUUAAAUAUGAACCUACUAAUGUCCGUUAUCUCUGGGAGAGAUCAAGCCUUUAUGAACAGAUGGGUGAUCAUAAAAUGGCUAUGGAUGGCUAUAGGCGUAUUUUAAACCUUUUGUCUCCAUCUGAUGGAGAACGUUUUAUGCAAUUGGCUAGAGAUAUGGCAAAGAGUUACUAUGAAGCCAAUGAUGGUACUUCAGCUAUUAAUAUAAUUGAAGAAGCUUUCUCAAAACACCAGGGCCUAGUCUCCAUGGAAGAUGUUAACAUAGCAGCUGAACUGUAUAUUUCUAACAAGCAGUAUGACAAAGCCUUGGAGGUAAUCACGGAUUUUUCUGGAAUUGUGCUAGAAAAGAAAACAGAAGAAGGCACUUCAGAAGAAAAUAAAGCUGGUGAGAAUGUUACCUGCACUAUACCUGAUGGUGUGCCAAUAGAUAUCAUGGUGAAGUUGAUGGUCUGCCUUGUACAUCUCAACAUCCUUGAACCGCUUAAUCCUCUCUUGACAACGCUAGUGGAACAGAAUCCUGAAGAUAUGGGAGACCUAUAUCUAGAUGUUGCUGAAGCUUUUCUGGAUGUUGGUGAAUAUCAUUCUGCGCUUCCCCUCCUCAGUGCAUUAGUUUGCUCUGAAAGAUACAACCUUGCAGUAGUUUGGCUUCGGCAUGCAGAAUGUUUAAAGGCCUUAGGCUAUAUGGAGCGUGCUGCUGAAAGCUAUGGCAAAGUGGUUGAUCUGGCCCCCCUCCAUUUGGAUGCAAGGAUUUCACUUUCCACCCUUCAGCAGCAGCUGGGCCGACCUGAGAAAGCUCUGGAAGCUCUGGAACCAAUGUAUGAUCCUGAUACUUUAGCUCAGGAUGCAAAUGCUGCACAGCAGGAACUGAAGUUAUUGCUUCAUCGUUCUACACUGUUGUUUUCACAAGGCAAAAUGUAUGGUUAUGUGGAUACUUUACUAACCAUGCUAGCCAUGCUUUUAAAGGUAGCUAUGAACAGAGCCCAAGUCUGUCUGAUAUCUAGUUCCAAAUCUGGAGAGAGGCAUCUCUACCUUAUUAAAGUAUCAAGAGACAAAAUAUCAGAUAACAAUGAUCAAGAGACAGCAAAUUGUGAUACAAAAGCAAUAUUUGCUGUACUCACAAGUGUCUUGCCAAAAGAUGACUGGUGGAACCUUCUGUUGAAGGCCAUAUAUUCUUUAUGUGAUCUAUCCCGAUUUCAAGAGGCUGAGUUACUUGUAGAUUCUUCAUUGGAAUAUUAUUCAUUUUAUGAUGACAGGCAAAAACGCAAAGAACUGGAAUACUUUGGUCUGUCUGCUGCAAUUCUGGAUAAAAAUUUCAGAAAGGCAUACAACUACAUCAGGAUAAUGGUAAUGGAAAAUGUCAAUAAACCCCAGCUCUGGAAUAUUUUCAAUCAAGUUACCAUGCACUCCCAAGAUGUAAGACAUCAUCGCUUCUGUCUCCGUCUAAUGCUGAAAAACCCAGAUAAUCAUGCACUGUGUGUUUUAAAUGGACACAAUGCAUUUGUAUCUGGAAGUUUUAAGCAUGCACUUGGGCAAUAUGUGCAAGCCUUUCGCACUUAUCCAAAUGAACCUCUUUAUAACCUCUGUAUAGGCCUAACCUUUAUUCACAUGGCAUCUCAGAAGUAUGUGUUAAAGAGACAUGCUCUUAUUGUGCAGGGCUUCUCCUUCCUUAAUCGAUACCUUGGUUUACGUGGACCUUGCCAGGAAUCAUUCUACAAUUUGGGCCGUGGCCUUCAUCAACUGGGUCUAGUUCAUCUUGCAAUUCACUAUUAUCAGAAGGCCUUGGAGCUCCCUCCAUUUGUAGUAGAGGGUAUAGAAGUGGACCAGUUAGACUUACGAAGAGAUAUUGCCUACAACUUAGCUCUCAUUUAUCAGAGCAGCGGGAACAUUGGAAUGGCUCAAAAGCUUUUAUAUACCUAUUGUUCUAUAUGAAGCAUAUCAACUGCAGAAGAAGCACUGGACAACUGCUGUGUGUGAACCAAUCUCUUUUGUCUCAGGGCUUAUUAUCAGCUCCAAGAUGGGAAUACUUGGCAUCAUCUAGCAGUAUUUCAUUUUUUACAUAUGGUUCCUGUAGUACUACCAUCACUCCAGUUACCUUAAAAACUGCAGCUUUUGAGUUUGUGUGUAGCUCAGUGGGAGAGUGCUUACCUGGCAUUCGUAAGCCUCUGGGUUUAAUCCCCAGGACCAUAAAACGUUGCAGCUUUUAUGUAUAUAUAUGUGAAAAUUAUCAUUCUUGUAAAACUGUCCCCAGUAUUGGAAUGGAUAGUAUUCAUUUCUGAGCCAGCUUAGAGUUGAAUAUAUUACUUUACAUUUAAUCAUCUAUGCCCUCAGUACUGUAUAUUAUAUACUUAUGUAAGACAGAUGUGGUCUUGUCCUUGUAGCACUUACAGAGUACAUUACUGAUAAUUACCACUCUGUACAAUCUUUAUUUACUUGAAAGUAAAUAAAGUUUGCUUUGUUUCUACAUACACCAUUAUUGUCAUUUCUUAAAACUGUUACUAUAUGAGGCAGUGUUUCAAAUACAUGGAAAAGGAAGUUGCUUAUUAAAGUAAAUACAAAUUGGGACUGUUAUGUUAGAACAGUUACUUAAAUCAGUGUCUAACAAAAUUAUUUAAAAUGAUUAUGUGGUGAGAAGACAGAUAAUUGAUUUGACUUUUUGUGUUUAACCUCCAUAUAUCUUAGCUUUGUAGACUGGAAAGAUGGGCUUAAUUCAAAAUAUACUGCUUUAAGGCAAAGUGCAUCAUCUAUGUGUAUGUGUGGCUUCCCCAGAAAAGGGCCAUGUUCAGUAACAACAGAUAUUGUGUCAGUAGGAAUGUAGGAAAAACUGGAAAAGUUGUAUAUAUGAAAUAAAAUAUUAUUGAUGGAAAAAAAAGAUUAAAACCUUUUACUCCAAACAUUGUUAUUGAAUCUAAAGAUACUUGCUAUACUAUUGAUAUAAGAAUUUUUAGGGGAAAAUAAAUGCCAUAGUAAAUGUGCAUAAGAUUGUAGGCUGCAGUCCAGAUGGGGGAAGGAAAAACUUAUGAGAUUUAGAGUCAGAGAAAUACAAUGAACUUUUUAGGAAUUUAUAUAAACUUUCUAGUUGAGAAACUGAAUUUGUAUUUAAUAAGUAAAUACAUCACACACCCUGUAUAUAAGUUAAAUAAAUUCUAUUUUUGUAAUUCGA